CUCGUAACGACGCCAACCUUCCAUACUUUCCCCUGUCACCAGCAAUGACGAUGAGCGGAUCACUCCCUUCUUCAUUCCCACCACCAUGGGCGUCGAGGACGAUGCCUUGAAGAUGUCCGAGAAGCACGACUUUGUCCCCCAGCCUGUUAACCCGCCGCCGUCGCACACGGACGACACUAACCGCGAUGAAAUUGUGAACGAUUCGGACGCCGCCAGUGAUACAACUGCCACCAACACUUCCGAUGAAUUUGACUGGGAUGAAAACGAGGAGGCUGUCGAGAAGAACCAGACGACGGAGGUUCGUGCUAGAAGGGGAAGAGCGAUAUAUGUCGCUUUCAUGAAGCUUUCCAGGCCUAUUCGGGCCCUGUUGAUUGGUGUACUGGGCGUUGGAAUAUUGAUCACUCCCCUGCUGGUGGUGCACUUCCGGUUUAGAAGCAGUCCUGCAAGGAUUCACGUCCAUGUCUGGUCUCUGUGGUUAACCAUCAUCUGGGCGGCUGGAUGCGCAACAUAUUUGGUUGUCGAUUUACUUCCCCGACUUAUCAUAGCCCUCGUCGUAAUGUUGGGAGGCAAGGUGGAGCGUCUUAAAAUUCAAGUUGAGUUGGCAGUCGCCGUCUCGGGCUGCCUCAAACUGGCGCUAGAUAUCUCCUGGGCUUGGAUCAGUUUAUCAGUCAUUCGCAGGGUGUAUCACCCUCCCGGGUCUUAUUGGACUAUUGUCAACCGCGUCAUAUCUGCUCUAUUCGCCGCAGGGAUCAUCUUCCUCGUCGAGAAACUCGCGCUCCAUUUCGUCGCCAUCAACUUCCACCAGAAGGCCCUUGCUGACAGACUGAAUGAGAAUCAGUUUGCCUUGCGAGCGCUAGAUCGACUAUCUAAUUCUCAACCUUCAACUUGGAACAAGAUGGCUCCCAACGUCAGGAAAGGACAUAAGGGCUCUGCAAGCUCUCUUGGUCUCAGCACUUUGGCACAAGAGUCUGACAAAACUCAGCGAAAGAAUUUCAAGGGCCGUGAUAGAAGGAGAACGAGAAAUAAGGCGAUGACGAGCGUCAUUGUGGAUCAAGUCAGUGGGGUAAUCGGACAAGUAGCGUUGAAAGAUUCCAAGUUCAAUCGGGCAGGAGAGCUAGGGAAUCUGCAUUCUGCGCGCAAAUUAGCCAAGAAGCUGUUCAGCGCUCUUAACGAUUCUUAUCCUCCAAGGCAGCAUCUCAUCGUGGAUGAUUUCUUCCCAUACUUCCAUUCCACCUUGGAAGCUCAAGAAGCUUUCGAUAUAUUUGAUAAAGAUGGGAAUGGUGAUAUCAGCAAGAAGGAAAUGCGAGAAGCGGUUCAACGGAUCUACAAGGAGAGAAAGGCGUUGGUAGCGAGUCUGAAGGAUGCCGGAUCCGCCGUGUCCAAACUCGAUCUCGUGCUUCUUGCUGUCGCACUCGUCUGCAUCAUCUUUAUCUGCCUACUCAUAUUUAACAAAAAUAAUACUCUGGCAUCGCUCGUGCCCCUCGGAACAAUCCUCCUGGGCUUCUCCUUCGUGUUCGGCACUUCCGCCUCGACCUUGUUCGAAUCGCUCAUUUUCAUUUUUGCCACGCACGUAUUUGAUGUCGGCGACCUCGUUCUCAUAGACGAACAGGCUCUUUUCGUGCGAGAAUUUGGCCUCUUCUCGACCACUUUUCGCCGUGUAGACGGUCAGGAAAUCGUUGCGCCCAAUAAACUCCUGGCGAGCUCAAAGUUGGUGCACAACCUGAGGCGUAGCAACUCUAUGUGGGAGACGACGACCUUAAUGGUCUCAUACAACACGCCUUUAGAGACUAUCGAGGUGCUAAAAGCAAAACUCAAGACCUACGUCAACAACAAUUCCCGUGAAUGGUCUGGUUUUGAUCUCAACAUCGACAAGAUGGUGAACCAGAACGCGAUCCAUCUCAUCGUGGCUAUGGAGCAUCGACCGAAUUGGCAGGACUGGGGAGGGAGAUGGACUAGGCGGACAGCGUUUAUGAGGAAUCUGAAGACCAUCUUGGAGGAGCUAGAUGUGCGGUACACAAUGCCUUUGCAGCCGGUGUUGAUGCCCAAUGCCCCAGUCCCGGGCGGCGUGACGAGGAGUCCACCGUUAGGUUUUAGUUUGGUGGGGGCGGCGAAUGCGAGGACGUCAUCUCCUGGUUGAAUGUGAUACUCUAGACAGUUAAUCCAUCCCGCGUCUCUUUUGGACAUUUAUUAGAC